UCCGCUGGAUUUAAAUUCUUCAUAUUCUUGAAGAAUAUCUGAGACACACAACGAGAAACGUGCGCAAAAUAGUAAUAAGGAUUCUGAGUAGCGACAAAAAUCUGAGGACAGUGAGUCACCCUAUCAUUAGUCGAUCUUUUUCGCAUCGUCUUGUGUACAAAAACAAAUCUCUGACUACACGACCUUAGAUUUGGGCAGAUAUCUCUGAUACAUGACAAUCCAAUUUACAGUAUAAGUUAUACAUCGACUGUCACGUCAUCACACAUCACACAUCACACACGUCACAUUACUCAGAGCAAAAUGAAACCAACCUCUAUCCUUCUCACAACCCUUGCCAGCUUUAUGGGAAUGGCAUCCGCAGGACCCAUCGCCUACGGUGCCUGUCAAAGCGGUUGUGCGGCUGUGGUUAUGGCUUGUUAUUUAGCGGCAGGAUUUACUGUAUGACUUCCCUUAAUAUACACCCAUCUUUUUCUCUUCUUCCCUUCCCCUUUCCACGUUCCUGUCUUCCGUUAAAUCCUCUAUCAAGCUUCUCCUUCUUCCUCAUCUAAAUCCCAUCAUCCAAAUCUUCCUUCUAUCAAAAUCUCUUUUCGGCCCUUCCGUCCACCUUUCCUACCAGUUUUUCCCCCCUAGAAAUACAAGACUAACACUCCAUGAAAUAAACAGUGGGGAGCAACUUUAGGUGCAACUGCUCCUCCUACAAUUAUAGCGUGUAAUACGGCUUUUGGCCUUUGUAGUGCUAAGUGUGCGGGAUUCCUUGUGGCGCCUAUUCCUUGAUUUUUUGGAGGGAGGUGGAAUGAAGAAGAGUGCGGAGAAAAGGUCGGGGGGGAGAUGGGGAAAGAGAGAGGGACGGAUGGACAUGAGAGAGGACAGGUCGUAGCACUAGCUGUAUACAUGGAGAGGGAAAGGUGAGGAGGGAAUAUGUAAAGACAAAUUGUCAUGAGGCGAUACUACAAAUACUCGCAAUGAUGAUUUUGAAUACUAGGGAAAAUAAUAGGGCCCCAGGGACUAUGGUUAGAUUGAUUCAUUACGUCAUUGAAUCAUUGCGAAUUCUCGAAAUUUAAAUAUGUGGUACUUAUGAGGUGGGGAUCUGAAAUGAGUGCAAGUAAUGAUAUUUCUUAAGGAUUAUGAGAUUAAUUUGAGAUAACUUAUAUAAUAUAUAUGCUGUAAAGAGCUGAUUAAUCAGGGCUUGAUUGCUUCUUGGAAUAAUUU